AUCGCAUCCGCUAAAUUUGGCGGCAGCAAAAUCGCCACUCCUACUUCUCCGCCUUUACUAGUAACCCACUGUAUAUAUUCUUUUCUUUCUAGAGUCUAGAUUUCCUCAAUCUCUCUUCAAAUCUUUGUGUUUCUCGACAAUAUUUUCUAUAUUACUAGUGUUUUUUCUCUUCUGGGCUUCGCCCAAGAUUCGUGCACAAGUCGAGAAAAGAUGGAAUCAUCGCCCAAUCUCUUGUGUGGUGAAGACGAAUCCUCUUUCAACGAACCCUCUAAUGAAAAAGAUGAGAACUUGGAGUUUUGUUCUGUUUCUGAGUCUGAUUGUGAGUUCGUAGAAAUGAUGUUUCAAAGGGAGACCAGCUUUCGAUCCGUCAAUGAUGGGAGUUCAGUCAUGAGUACGAGGAGGAGGUCCAAAUGUUGCCGUUUGGAUGCAGUGAAAUGGAUUCUUGAAACAAGGGCUCUCUUCGGGUACCACCACCGUACUGCCUAUCUCUCAGUGAUUUAUUUCGAUCGGUUCUUUGCAAGAACGGAGUAUUCUGAUGGAAUUCCGUGGCUUGUUCGAUUAUUAGCGGUUGCGUGUUUGUCUCUAGCUGCAAAAAUGGAGGAAUGUGGAGUAAGGGCGUUAACGGAGUACAACGUAGAGGGGUUCAAGUUCCAGACAAAUGUAAUUCAGAGAAUGGAAUUGAUGGUUCUAAAUACAUUAGAAUGGAAGAUGGGUUCUGCCACUCCUUUUGCUUAUUUGAAUUAUUUCGUUUCCAAGUUUUGUGGUGAGUCGAGGCACAAAGAAGUCAGGAUUCGCGCUUCUGAGUUCAUCUUAGCAGUAAUGGCAGAGAUUAAUGUAGUCGAACACCGGCCGUCUAUUAUCGCAGCUGCUGCAGUUUUAGCAGCUUACAACUAUCGAUUAACCAAAGCAACAUUGGAGAAUAAGAUUGAGGCAGUCCCGUCGUGGGGGUCCCUAGAAAAAGAGCAUGUAUUCUCCUGUUACAGUCUACUUCAAGAAAUACCAAUGCUGAAGACCCCAAAAACUACUAGUACCACCACCUCAUUAUCAGCUGAUUCCACAGUCAUAUCCAGGGCCGGCAUCAAACGAAGGCUCGCCUUCGACGAUGGCAGCCAGGUGCACAAGCUUUCCAAGCAGUAAUACAUGUCGUCUUGAUGAGAUGGAGACGAAACAGUGAAAUUCUUGAACUUUGCAAAUGGGAUUGAAUUAUUUGGUCAAUGAAAGUUUAAAAAAGUACCAAAAAUUUGGUACGAUUAGGAGUUUGAUAGAUUGCAAGAACAAAAAAAAAAAAAAACAAGUAUAUACUACCUUUAGCCUACAAGUAGUGAUGAGUAAGAAGCUGACUAAGAGUAGAAAAGGCAGUUGGUGAGGGAGUGAGAGCCCAAGAGAUGUCCCAAGACUCCAUUUGAAUGGUGUCUGAAUGCUUUUAUGUAGUCAUUAUUUGCUUCAUUCUUUUGUUUUGAUUUGUUGCAAAGCCAUGCAACAGUGCCUACUACACUUUUGAUGGAGAGUAUAAAGAUGCUUUUCUCUAUGUAUUUGAAGAGGGCCAUGGAUGGUGAAUGAGAUAUUGUCUUUUUUUGAUGUGAUGUGAUGUAUGUAGUGUUGUUGCAUUUUGGGCCAUUCAGAAAAGGAUGUU